AUCGGGGGCGGAGCUUGCAGGCCACCAGCGGCAAUUAAAGCUGAACUUUGGGUGAACUAAUUGAUCGCCUGGCCCAAGGUAAAGUGGGCAGCGACCUGGGCCUGAGGAUGGGUAUAAAAGGGGCUCCCGGCGCGGCGCUUGGCCCUGGUGUUCGCUCGUCGAGGAGGAAGACAGGCAAGCAGGAGCCCGCCGCUGCGCUCUCCAGCCCGGCAGCGCCAGCAUGAGCUUCUCCGCCUUGUUGCCCAGCGCCGUGUGCACCUUCAUCCUGCUGCCGCUGCUACUUUUUCUGGCUGCCGUGAAGCUCUGGGACUUGUACUGCCUGCGGGGUCGCGAUCCCGGCUGCCCGUUGCCCCUGCCCCCCGGCACCAUGGGACUGCCUUUUUUCGGGGAGACGCUCCAGUUGGUGUUGCAGCGGCGGAAAUUCCUGCAGAUGAAGCGGCGCAAAUACGGCUACAUCUACAAGACGCAUCUCUUCGGGAGGCCCACGGUGCGGGUGAUGGGGGUGGAGAACGUGCGGCACAUCCUACUGGGCGAGCACCGGCUGGUGGCUGUGCAGUGGCCGGCCUCAGUGCGCACUAUCCUGGGCUCCGGCUGCCUCUCCAAUCUCCACGAUGGCCAGCAUAAGCACCGCAAGAAGGCGAUCAUGCGGGCUUUCUCCCGCGAGGCCCUGGAGCACUACGUCCCGGUCCUCCAAGAAGAGGUGAGCGGUUGCCUGAGGCAGUGGUUGCUGGUUAGUACUGGCGGCGGCGGCUCUUGCCUCCUGGUUUACCCGGAGGUGAAGCGCCUCAUGUUCCGCAUCGCCAUGCGCAUCCUCUUGGGCUUCCGGCCCGGCCAGACAGGAGCCGACAGCGAGCCGUACCUGAUGGAGGCCUUCGAGGAGAUGAUCCGCAAUCUUUUCUCCCUGCCCAUCGACUUGCCUUUCAGUGGCCUCUACAAGGGCUUGAGGGCGCGGGAUAUCAUCCACGCCAAGAUCGAGGAGAGCAUCCGGGCGAAGCUGGCUGGGAAGGAGCCCGCCGAUGGCUACAAGGAUGCGCUGCAGUUGCUGAUGGAGCACACGCAGAGCAACGGGGAGCAGCUCGACAUGCAGGAGCUGAAAGAAUCUGCAACUGAACUUCUUUUUGCUGGGCACGAAACCACUGCCAGUGCGGCUACGUCCUUGAUUACGUUCCUAGGCCUUCACCGUGAUGUGCUGCAAAAAGUGAGGAAGGAAUUGCAGGAGAAGGGAUUGUUGGGCAACAUGAGCCAAGAUAAGCAUUUAGAAAUGGAAGCCUUGGAACAGCUGAAGUACACUGGCUGUGUCAUCAAAGAGACUCUGCGUCUGAGCCCGCCAGUUCCUGGAGGAUUCAGAGUAGCACUCAAAACUUUUGAGCUAAAUGGAUACCAGAUUCCUAAAGGCUGGAAUGUCAUUUACAGUAUCUGUGACACCCAUGAUGUUGCAGAGCUUUUCACCAACAAAGAUGAAUUCAACCCCGACCGUUUCAUGUCUCCUUUCCCAGAGGACACCUCACGAUUCAGCUUCAUCCCUUUUGGAGGAGGCUUGAGAAGCUGUGUGGGCAAAGAGUUUGCAAAAAUUCUCCUUAAAAUCUUUACUGUAGAGUUGGCCCGGAACUGUGACUGGCAACUUUUAAAUGGACCUCCGACAAUGAAGACUGGCCCUACUGUGUACCCAGAGGACAAUCUGCCGACAAAAUUCACAAGUUUUAAUGGUCGGGUUUAAUGAAUUCCAGGGUAGUAGUAUUGUAUUCUUAACUUAAGUUCCGAUGCAUUUAAAACGUGCCUAAUGGCUUUUCAUAGCGUCCUAAAUUCAAUAUUAUCUAUUUAACUUUAUUAUGUGUAAUAGUUAUUUAUAAGUGUGUUUUCUAAGAAUAUUUUAAAGCUAUUUCAUGUAUUAAAAGUUUUUAGGCGAGCACUAUAAUUAUGGGUCCUUGGGAUUCAUAAUUGGAUAAUUUUAUUUCUAUAGAAAUAAAGUUUCCUUCUAUUUAAGAAUCAUACUCAAAACUUGUUUAUAGUGUUGAAAACAUUUUAAGGACCUGUAUGUGUAUCCAGACACAUGGUCAAAAGUGAAUGCAUGAUGCAAUGGAAUUAUAUGUACACUGAACUAAAAGCCAUAAUGUGGCUUAUGUCAACAUUUAAUAAAAUUCUGAAGAAUAGAA